AUGUUGGGAAAAAAGUUGGUGACUGCACAGAAGCGAGGGGAGACAAGAGCCCUGUGCCUGGGACUGGGAAUGGUCACAUGCUCCAUGAUGAUGUACUUUUUUAUUGGGAUCACCAUUGUGCCAUUCUACACUAAAAGCAUUUGGACAGCACAAACUGUGUGCAAGCUACUCAAAGCCAACAUCAAGGAUGAAGUUCUCUGCCCAAACAGCGAAGGCUCAGAGGAUGAGGAUAUCUUUCCUUAUCCCUGUCUACAGGUGUGGGUUAAUCUGACAGCCUCAGGACAAGAGGUUAUGCUGUAUCAUACCGAAGAUACACUGGAAAAAAAUCCUAAGUGCUCGUAUGUCCCAGGCAAGUCCGAGAACUCUAAAGAAGUUAAAGCACAAAUAGAAAAAAUUGCAAGCAAUUUCAAAAAAUACCAGACUUUCCCAUGUUACUAUGACCCAGGAGGAAAGCAGAUCAAUGUCAUUUUAAGCAGACUUUAUCCCCCGAAAGGCCUCCUCUUUGCUUUCCUUUGGCCUACACUCAUGUUUACUGGUGGAUGUCUGAUUAUUGUACUGGUAAAAAUUAGUCAGUAUUUUUCUGUUCUUUCUGCUUGGCAGUAG